CUUUUAUUGUUGCCUGAGAGCUGCGGUAAUGGCGGUGCCUCGUCGCUCUUCGCAGCAGCAACAACAGCAAAGUACGUUACAGUCUCCGCCGAGAAACAGCGCUAUUUCGGGCGCUCCGCCGGCCUCUCCGCCGAUGGCUUUGCUGACAUCGGCCGUCGGACCCCCGGAGAAUGAAAGGGAAUGUAGCGGAGGGAUCGAGAUGGUCGUGGCCUCCCCGGACCUGCCAGCCCCCGUCCUGGCGAGCAGCGCGAGCUCCACCACGACAACCUCCGGCGGUGGCAGCAGCGUCUCUAGCCCGGGCUCCGGAGCUGCCAGCCCCGCCGAUGUUAGCAGCGGCAUCGGAGGAGCGUUCAGGGAGCUGUUCGAGGCCUGUCGAAACGGAGAUGUAUCCCGAGUAAAAAGACUGGUCGAUUCGGUCAAUGUAAACGCGAAGGACAUGGCUGGUCGGAAAUCAACACCCCUUCAUUUUGCUGCGGGUUUUGGAAGAAAAGAUGUGGUGGAGCAUCUUUUACAGACGGGUGCCAAUGUCCAUGCCAGGGAUGACGGAGGGCUUAUCCCUCUCCAUAAUGCCUGUUCCUUUGGCCACGCAGAGGUUGUCAGCCUCCUGUUGUGUCAAGGAGCAGACCCCAACGCCAGAGACAACUGGAACUACACACCGUUACAUGAAGCUGCCAUCAAGGGAAAAAUAGAUGUGUGCAUUGUCUUACUACAACAUGGAGCUGACCCAAACAUCCGCAACACAGAUGGCAAAUCUGCUCUCGAUCUAGCUGACCCUUCAGCAAAGGCCGUUCUCACCGGUGAAUACAAGAAAGAUGAGCUUCUGGAAGCAGCAAGGAGUGGAAACGAGGAGAAGCUGAUGGCCCUGCUGACUCCACUAAAUGUCAACUGUCAUGCCAGUGAUGGCCGAAAGUCAACAUCCCAAAAAAUGCUGUCCACACCCCUACACCUGGCUGCCGGAUACAACCGUGUCCGAAUUGUUCAGCUGCUGCUUCAGCAUGGUGCUGACGUGCACGCAAAAGACAAAGGUGGCCUCGUUCCUCUUCACAAUGCAUGCUCUUACGGUCAUUUUGAGGUCACUGAGCUUCUGCUUAAACAUGGAGCCUGUGUGAAUGCCAUGGACUUGUGGCAGUUCACUCCUCUACAUGAGGCAGCAUCUAAAAACCGAGUGGAGGUUUGUUCAUUGCUGCUGAGCCACGGGGCAGACCCCACCCUGCUGAACUGUCACAGCAAGAGUGCCGUGGAUAUGGCCCCUACCCCAGAGCUUAAAGAGAGGCUCACAUAUGAGUUCAAAGGUCACUCACUGCUGCAGGCGGCUAGGGAGGCAGACAUGGCCAAAGUAAAGAAGACCCUGGCACUGGAGAUCAUCAGUUUCAAGCAUCCACAGACCAACGAGACUGCUCUGCAUUGUGCUGUGGCCUCCCCUCACCCGAAGAGGAAGCAGGUGACAGAGCUACUGCUGCGUAAAGGUGCCAAUAUCAAUGAGAAAAAUAAGGACUUUAUGACUCCCCUGCACGUUGCUGCUGAGAGAGCUCACAAUGAUAUCCUUGAGGUUCUACAGAAACAUGGAGCAAAGGUGAAUGCUGUGGACACACUAGGUCAGACAGCUCUUCACAGAGCCGCGCUGGCCGGUCACAUUCAGACCUGCAAGCUGCUGCUGAGCUUCGGGGCCGACCCCUCCAUCGUGUCUCUGCAAGGUUUCACCGCCGCCCAAAUGGGCAAUGAGGCUGUACAACAAAUACUCAAUGAAAAUGUCCCCACACGAAACUCUGACGUGGACUACAGAUUUCUUGAGGCUGCCAAAGCGGGGGAUCUGGAUACAGUGCAACAACUGUGUACGCCUCAGAAUGUAAACUGCCGUGACUUGGAGGGCCGCCACUCCACUCCUCUUCACUUUGCAGCUGGUUACAAUCGAGUGGCUGUAGUUGAGUACCUGCUUCACCAUGGAGCUGAUGUCCAUGCCAAAGACAAGGGUGGUCUGGUUCCCCUUCAUAAUGCAUGUUCCUACGGUCACUAUGAGGUGGCUGAGCUGCUUGUCAGACAUGGAGCAUCAGUCAAUGUGGCUGAUCUGUGGAAGUUCACUCCACUUCAUGAGGCUGCAGCCAAAGGCAAAUAUGAGAUCUGCAAACUACUACUCAAACAUGGUGCAGAUCCAUCCAAAAAGAACCGUGAUGGUAACAUGCCAUUGGACAUGGUGAAAGAUGGAGACACAGACAUCCAGGACCUGCUGAGGGGUGACGCCGCUCUGCUGGACGCUGCCAAGAAAGGAUGUCUGGCCCGAGUUCAGAAACUCUGCUCACCGGAGAACAUAAACUGCAGAGAUACACAAGGACGCAACUCUACACCACUGCACCUUGCAGCUGGCUACAACAACCUUGAGGUGGCAGAGUAUCUGCUGGAGCAUGGAGCUGAUGUCAAUGCUCAGGACAAAGGAGGCCUUAUCCCCCUCCAUAAUGCUGCUUCAUAUGGGCAUGUGGACAUCGCAGCUCUACUGAUCAAGUACAACACAUGUGUGAAUGCUACUGACAAAUGGGCUUUCACACCGCUGCAUGAGGCAGCACAGAAAGGUCGUACCCAGCUCUGUGCGCUGCUGCUGGCUCAUGGAGCUGACCCCACCAUGAAGAACCAAGAGGGCCAGACUGCCCUGGACCUGGCCACAGCUGAUGACAUCAGGGCUCUGCUGAUGGACGCUAUGCCUCCAGAUGCCUUGCCCAGCUGCUUUAAACCCCAGGCCACAGUGGUCAGCGCCUCAGUCAUUUCUCCUGCCUCCACGCCAUCCUGUCUGUCAGCCGCCAGCAGCAUAGACAACCUGGCUGGACCGCUCGCUGAGCUGGCUGCCGCUGCCGCCUCCGGAGCAUCCGGAGUCGCAGAUGGAGCCACAGGUGCCGACCGCAAAGAGGGAGAAAUGGCGAUGCUGGACAUGAACAUAAGCCAGUUCCUGAAGAGCCUGGGUCUGGAGCACCUCAGAGAUAUCUUUGAAAGAGAGCAGAUCACCCUGGAUGUGCUGGCUGACAUGGGCCACGAGGAGCUGAAAGAGAUUGGGAUUAAUGCCUAUGGCCACAGACACAAGCUUAUCAAGGGUGUUGAGAGGCUGCUGGGAGGCCAGCAAGGUGCCAACCCAUAUCUGACAUUCCAUUGUGCCAACCAGGGCACCAUCCUCAUAGACCUUGCUCCAGAUGAUAAGGAAUAUCAGUCUGUAGAAGAAGAGAUGCAGAGUACAAUCAGAGAGCACAGGGACGGCGGUAACGCCGGCGGUGUGUUCAGCAGAUACAAUAUUAUCAAGAUCCAGAAAGUGGUAAACAAGAAGCUGAGGGAACGUUACACGCACCGACAGAAAGAGAUCGCAGAUGAGAACCACAACCACCACAAUGAACGCAUGCUGUUCCAUGGUUCCCCGUUCAUUAACGCCAUCAUCCACAAAGGCUUUGAUGAGCGUCAUGCAUACAUAGGAGGAAUGUUUGGAGCAGGAAUCUACUUUGCAGAAAAUUCAUCAAAGAGCAAUCAGUACGUCUACGGAAUCGGGGGAGGCACAGGCUGCCCAACACACAAAGACAGAUCCUGCUACCUGUGCCACAGGCAGAUGUUGUUCUGCCGAGUGACCCUGGGGAAGUCCUUCCUACAGUUUAGUGCCAUGAAGAUGGCCCACGCCCCCCCAGGACACCAUUCAGUCAUUGGACGACCCAGCGUUAAUGGCCUGGCCUAUGCUGAGUAUGUCAUCUACAGAGGGGAGCAGGCCUACCCGGAGUACCUCAUCACCUACCAGAUCCUUAAACCAGAGAGCGCAGCCCAGUCUGCUGCAGGAGCUGAGCAGAAGUCAUAGUUACUUUAUGUCAAACACUCACACAAGGACUCAGUGCUCGUUAUUUUCUCCUUCGUAUUGCAAAUGCCGAAGAACCUUUUAUUUCCAACACUUUCAGUGUCCUGUCCAGUAGAAUCCGUGGUGACCAGUGCUUCAGGAGCAAAUAUGGUGUAUAAUCUACUCUCCUGCUCGUGGUGAUGACACGUCUGUUUCACCCUUUUUUGCAUCGGCUGCAUGUUAAUUUAAAAAAAAAAGCAUGUGUGGCCCAAUAGAUUGCGUGGGUUAGUUCUUUCAGUUUCCCCUCCCUGCCUCCUCAGCAAUCAGGAGGGUGCUUGUAGAGACUAUGAAGUAUGAACAUUAACUGUUUGCCACUCAUGUCACCUCAUGCCUUGUGACUGUAGAGAAUCACCAACCCCUCUUACCACACACAAACACUGUCUCACUGUCAGAACUGAAACCUGUGGUCUACUACUACUACUACUACUACUACUGCCCCACCGUAUCCGGGUCCAUCCGUUAGAGAAUGGCAUCUGGUAACUGUGAUUUUAAUGAGAAACUAUUAACACUACCCAACAGGCAACUGUGCAUUUGCUAUGCUGUAAUUCUGACUCCUUUCCGAGCAUUUGUAUGAGACCACCUGAACAACACUACGAAGUGGUUUGAUUCAUGGCUGGACACACUCGACUCAGAAAGGGCUCUGUCAAAUCAGAAGUUGAGAAGGAAGAAGACGUGUGUGCUCAGUAAAAAAGCUUAUAAGGCAUCAUAACUACACAAGAUAAUCCUACAAGUGUGAAUGCUGUACAUUAAAAGCAUUAUGUAUGACUUUGCUUCACGGUUGGUAAAUUUUCCAUAUGAUGAAAUGUGCUUGUAAUGCCUUACAAGUUAACACCCGGUAACCAGUGAACUUACCUAAGCACCCGUCUGUCGCCAUGGUCUUACAGACAUGCCAUGCAUAAGGAUUUGCACUUUUACAUAGAAACCUAUUUAAGUUAUUUUGAAUUAAAUUAGAAAAUUUGCGGGAAAAAAUAUUUGUACAGGUUGUGUAAAUGGUUGUGUAUAACUGUUGCUGUUUAACAGUAAUCUUUAAGUUCAACUGUAAAUGACAUCUGAAUUUUCUUUCAUGCCUUCUUGAUUCUCCCCAACUUUUUUUUUUUUUUUUUUUAAAUAAAUGUCCCAUUAACAGCU